CUCGCCUCGACCGAUUAGCUCUGCAACGGACGUUUCGCAUCAAUGGUAGAGGGAAACAAGAAAGGCUACGGCUGGGCGGUCUCCGCUGGGAUCAACGCCGCUUUGGCCGCCAUUUCCGCUAAGCUUUUCUCAUCUCAGCUCCUUAAAUAUGGUUCAGUCAUAUUUUUCAACGUGAUAAUGUGGGGAUGUUAUGUCAAUAGCCUGAAAGCUCUCUCAUCUCUGCAAGCUACAGUGACAAAUUUUGCUACCAACUUUCUUUCUUCUGGUCUAGCUGGUUUUUUCCUCUUUGAGGAAGCCCUAUCAUUUCAGUGGUUUGCAGGUGCCCUUCUCAUAGUAAUGGGCGUAUUAGUACUCAGUAAAUCAAGCAUAGAGGAGAAGGCACACUCGGAUUAGAUGCCAGCCUCACUGGAUCAGCUGUCCUUAAGUCUCUGCACUGAACCUAACCAUUUAUUCUGUCUACGACCUUGAGGCCAAGGAAUUGAUACCAUGCCACCAUGCUAAUCUUGUUUAGGGUGCCCGAUUAUAUGUUGGCAUGUAUUUAGUUUGUGAAUACACAUGUAUUCACGAUGUAUAUAUAAUUAGACUAAAAUAUCGUGUUAGCAUGAACGCAGUAUCACAUUUAUAUUGAAUAUUUUUUCAAGACGAAAAAGAGAUAGGAACUAUGGUAUCAUAGACCCUACAUUGUAUAUCAUGUGAUCAUAUUCUCUUUUAUACUUCAUUGACCAUUUGGAAUCAA